AGACCCGACGGUGGGGUUCCAGGACAACAACCUCUCCUUCAAUGCCAACAAAGGAGCUGACGGGUUACUUUUUGACGAGGGCUCAGGGGGCAGUGGACUACUUUUUGACGAGGGCUCAGGGGGCAGUGGACUACUUUUUGACGAGGGCUCAGGGGGCAGUGGACUACUUUUUGACGAGGGCUCAGGGGGCAGUGGACUACUUUUGACGAGGGCUCAGGGGGCAGUGGACUACUUUUUGACGAGGGCUCAGGGGGCAGUGCACUGCUUUUUGACGAGGGCUCGGGGCAGUGGACUACUUUUUGACGAGGGCUCAGGGGGCAGUGGACUACUUUUUGACGAGGGCUCAGGGGGCAGUGGACUACUUUUUGACGAGGGCUCAGGGGGCAGUGCACUACUUUUUGACGAGGGCUCAGGGGGCAGUGGACUGCUUUUUGACGAGGGCUUAUGCUACAUAGAGGACGGCAGGAAACUCAGGAGUCUGGUUCAGGACAGCAGCUCCCCCCAUGUUUUCAUUUUUCUCUGGUCUCUACACAGGCUCGUCUUCGGGACCCUGUAUCCUGCAUACUAUUCCUACAAAGCAGUGAAAACCAAAAAUGUCAAGGAAUAUGUCCGUUGGAUGAUGUACUGGAUUGUGUUUGCUCUCUACACCGUAGUGGAGACAAUCACAGACCUCACUGUAGCCUGGUUCCCCCUGUACUAUGAGAUUAAGAUCGCAUUUGUUAUCUGGUUGCUGUCUCCCUACACCAGAGGAGCUAGUCUCAUCUACAGGAAGUGUCUCCAUCCUCUACUGUCCUCAAGAGAGAGGGAGAUAGAUGAGUACAUUGUCCAGGCCAAGGAGCGCAGCUACGAGACCAUGGUGACCUUCGGCAAGCAGGGCCUAAGUAUAGCUGCUACUGCAGCUGUCUCCGCAGCUGUCAAGGGCCAGGGGGCGAUCACAGAGAAGCUGAGGAGCUUCAGUAUGCACGACCUGACUCAGAUACCCCUCGACGACGCAGCAGCCAAUCAGAUCUAUACGGCCCAUGCCGGCAACCCUGCCGUGAGCAGGAGGGCGCUCGCCGCAAACUCGACCGACAGAACAGAGUACCCUGUCUAACUGAUGUGGACAUGUCUCCC